GUGGUCUGUCCAAUCACUCAAACGACUGAGAACAUGAACAGUGAUCGCCUUGUUUCCUCCUAUUACUUCUCAAAGACCAAAUUUUUCCCUAUAAAAUUGAAGCAGAGAUAUCUGGCUGAAUCAGAAAUGGAGCGUGUGGUGGGUUACAGAUUCCAUCCAACUGAUGAAGAAAUCAUCCGUCUUCUUGAGCAGAAGAGGCGUGAACCUGAUUUCUCUGUCCAUGCUAUUUCUGAGGCUAAUAUCUGUGAUUACGAGCCUUUUCAGCUAACUAGGCUUUCACGGAUACCGUCCAGUGAAAAAUGGUGCAGCUUUUUCUGUGCCCCAGAUUAUAUAAAUGUUGAUACUAGUCGUUUUAGUAGAGCAACUAAGACGGGAUACUGGAAGCUAACCGGUGAACCUCGUAAAAUUAAGGCUAAACGUAGUAAGAAGGUAAUUGGUGCCAAAAGGAUUUUGGUAUUCUAUGAACGUCAUGGUGGUUCUAAGGGGAUUAAGACUAACUGGGUUAUGCAUCAGUAUUCUGUCAACAAUGAUCCUCUUUAUAAGAAGGAUUUUGUUGUGUAUCGCAUAAAAAGAAAAAGAGAUAAGAAGUAUAAUGUUUUAACCAACAGUAAAGAUCAACAAAAAAAGAAGCCCCAUGUAUCAACCAGGAAUGAUGAACCAAGUCAUAGUAUUUCUUUUGCUAAUGGCUGUCCUCCAGAAUUGCAGUCACAAAUUGCAGAAAACACUUCAGAAUUUCAGUCUAAUGUUGCAGAAAAUGCUUCUAUAGAAGCACAGCUAGCACCAAGCAAUUGUUCAGCUUCCUCUCCUAGAUAUCAAGUUACAGAAAAUACUUUGCAAGUGGAUCCACACCAUCUUGCAGAAUCAAAUAUGCUCUAUGAGUGUAAUGGGUUGGAUGACACAUCGCCCUCGGCACUGCAGUCGCAUGCAGGACAGGGACCCUCAUAUUCUAAUGUCUCUAGUAAUGACCAAGAUGUAUUGGAUUCACCAUUUGGCAGUAAGAGAGAAGACAACUCUGUGAAUCCACAGCAGCAUAUCCAGAAUUCAUACCCUUACGAGGACACAGGAGAUAGUACCCAUCCUCAUAACUUCAACUUGACAAAUUCAGUAGCUGGAUUUGGCUGUGGAGUUAGCAGUGAAUGGGACUCUGAAACGUUCAUUGAAACUGUAAGAGUUGUGUUUGAGUAUAAUCCACAACCAGAUGCUGUAUCUUUGACAUUGUAAUAUUUUUUUCACUCUAGCUGGAUAUUCUUAAAUAUGUAAUCUUUAAUUAUUGUUAUAUGAUAUCUUUCUGGAGUUUGUUCUUUAGAACAUUGGAGAACUCCAAUUUGUUUGUACCCAUCGAUGCUGCUGAAAACAAUAUGUAAGGCUGGUACAUAGUUGUUUUUUUGCUCCUAUA